ACAUCAACAUCUUUAUGUAUUGCAUCAAGAAACUUAACAUCAACAUCUAAAUGUAUUGUAUCAAGAAACUUAACAUCAACAUCUAAAUGUAUUGUAUCAAGAAACUUAACAUCAACAUCUAAAUGUAUUGUAUCAAGAAACUUAACAUCAACAUCUAAAUGUACUGUAUCAAGAAACUUAACAUCAACAUCUAAAUGUAUUGUAUCAAGAAACUUAACAUCAACAUCUAAAUGUAUUGUAUCAAGAAACUUAACAUCAACAUCUUUAUGUAUUAAACUUAACAUCAACAUCUAUAUAUAUAUUGUAUCAAGAAACUUAACAUCAACAUCUAAAUGUAUUGUAUCAAGAAACUUAACAUCAACAUCUAAAUGUAUUGUAUCAAGAAACUUAACAUCAACAUCUAUAUGUAUUGUAUCAAGAAACUUAACAUCAACAUCUAAAUGUAUUGUAUCAAGAAACAUCAAU